UUUCUGGCUUAUACUUAAAAGACAGUUUCUAUCUUCUUCUCAGAUUCUGUCAAGUCUCACAAUCAAGCAAUGCAGCAAAACCCGACUUCUAGACCCUCCAGUGGGUAUCCAAACCCGAAUACACCUGAACAGUCCAACGCCAACCCGUACCAAAACCACAACCCUCCCUGCGCGCCGCAUCAUCACAAUCCACGCACCAUCCUAAUCCGCCGCCUCUUCAUCGUCUCAAUGGUCUUUCUCCUCAUCUUAGGACUCAUCCUCGUCCUCUACUUCGGCCUCGUCAGUCCCCAAUUACCAUACGCUUACAUCAACUCUCUCUCCCUCUCUAAUUUCAACAUCUCCAACAAUCAUCUCACCGGAAAUUGGGACCUCCAGCUUAGAUUCCAAAACCCUAACUCCAAGAUGUCGCUUUGCUACAACGCUGUCUUCUGCACUCUUUAUUACAACAGAGUUUCUCUGUCGGAAACGAGACUACAGCCGUUGGAUCAAGGGAAGAAAGAUGAGACUCCGAUUAACGCUACGCUCUCUGUCUCCGGGAGUUACGUUGAAGCUCGACUGGCUGAUUCGAUAGGGAAAGAGAGGGCGGUGAAAGGAAGCGUAGAGUUCGAUUUCAGGUUGACUUCUUCGGUUACUUUCAGGUAUGGAGUGUAUCGGCGGAGGAGGUACGUUACGGUUUACUGCUAUGAUGUGUUGGUUGGUGUUCCAGCUAAUAGUAGCUCAGGGAAGAUGGUUGGUUCCGCUAAGAGAUGCAAAUCUUUUUGAAAAUGUACCAAGUUAGUUGUUUUAUAACUGGUCUUUUGUUUCUUGCGAUGAUCAAACCAAAAAACAAAAAAAAAACAAAAUUUACAAUGCUACUGGAAUGAUGAUUCUCUGUUUACUAAGCACAUCUCUAACCAA